AUGGGAAAAAUCGAAGGUAAACAAGAUAAUUAUCAUGGUCAUGUUACUGCUGUAUCAGUGGCGCCUGAAUUUCGUCGUAUUGGAGUUUCAUCACAACUAAUGGCAUUAUUAGAACAAGUUUCAGAACAGAAAAAAACAUAUUUUGUUGAUUUAUUUGUUCGUGUAUCAAAUAAUCGGGCUGUUGAUAUGUAUCAUAAAUUGAAUUAUGUUGUUUAUCGACGUAUAAUCGAUUAUUACUCAGGAGAACGAGACGAAGAUGCAUUUGAUAUGAGGAAAGCUUUGUCAAGAGAUAUUGAUAAAAAAUCCUUAAUACCAAUUCCACAUCCUGUAAGACCAGAAGAUCUAGGCGAUGAUUAA